AUGGAGUAUUACAUUGCUUCUUCCAACUCCCAUUUCUAUUCUACCAUCAACUAUAUCAGAAAUAUACUUGAUUAUCAGAAGCAAUUUGGGGACAGAGAAACCCUGUCUCAAAAAACAAAUGAAAAAAGGAUCUCUGGUCCCCUUGGAGAAGCCGUCUUCGCUCGGUGCUUGUCCUCUCUGAAGGAGGAGCGAGUUCAAGCCAGCAAAACGCUGAAGGGCCCCCAGCAGGUCCAGCUGGAAGGCAGUAAGGAGUCAUUCCUGGAGGACAUUCGAAAGGCCCUCUAUGCUUCCAAGAUCAUCUCCUAUGCUCAAGGCUUUAUGCUGCUCAGACAGGCAGCCACUGAGUUUGGCUGGACCCUCAAUUAUGGAGCCAUUGCCCUCAUGUGGAGAGGGGGCUGCAUCAUCAGAAGUGUAUUCCUGGGAAAAAUUAAAGAUGCAUUUGAACAAAACCCAGCACUUCAGAACCUGCUGCUAGAUGACUUCUUUAAGUCAGCAGUUGACAACUGCCAGGACUCCUGGCGGCGGGUGGUCAGCACUGGGGUACAGGCAGGCAUUCCUAUGCCCUGCUUCACUACUGCCCUCUCCUUCUAUGAUGGGUACAGACAUGAGGUGCUGCCAGCCAACCUCAUCCAGGCUCAGCGGGAUUACUUUGGGGCUCACACCUAUGAACUCUUAGACAAACCAGGAGAAUUUAUCCAUACCAACUGGACAGGCCACGGUGGCAGUGUGUCAUCCUCUGCAUACAACGCCUAGCAGGACUGUAGCUUCGCCCUCCCUCCCACCAACAGGACAGUCCCUGUGGCACACAGCACUCCUCUUUGCCCUAGUUCCUGCUCAGAUCUUUUAGCCAAGUGCUGGCUGUGAUUGCUGAAGAAGUCACCAAGGUCUGUUGUCUGGUAGUUCUGACACCAUGUGCUCCACCUCGACCUUUUGCAUUGCCCAGGAACCGACCUUGUGCGCCACUGCGUGACCGCUCGCUGACUGAGCUGGGCCAUGUGGGUCACAGGGGAUGGAUGUGUGGAUUGUACAGCCUGAACUGUGGAUCAUGUAUGGGUUCUGUUGUCCUCCACUCAUAACGGUUGUAGUUACUUCUGCCGGUUUCUGGGCAUGCCUGGACGUAACAGCCGCCGUUCCAUUGCCAGAGGUCUGCACUGAGUUCACUGUAUGGGAAUUGAUUGCUUUUCCUUUAGCCUUAUUCAUUUUGACUCUGUUUUGUUUUGUUUUCUCUUUUUGAAGACUUCAAAUAACACAGGACACCUUAAGUAGAGGGUAAUGAUGAAGUCUGGAG